AUGUUCGCUCGAUCUGCUUUCCGCGUGGCCCAGCCACUCAAGACUCAAGCUCGCCGAUAUGCGACUGAGUCGUCAUCAAAGGGCGGAUCCAGCACCAUGCUCUAUGCCGCGGGUGCUGCUGCUUUCGCGGGAGCUGGUUACUACUACUACUUUGGUGGAAGCGCUCCCGUCGCCGCCGAGGUGAAGGAGGCUGUUCCUGCCAAACCCGCCUUUACCGGCGGCGAUCAGGGUUUCGUUUCCCUGAAGCUGGCCGAUGUUGAGAUUGUCAAUCACAAUACCAAGCGUCUUCGCUUCGAACUCCCUGAGAGUGACAUGGUCUCUGGCCUCCAGAUUGCCAGUGCUAUCCUGACCAAAUACAAGAGCCCCAACGCCGAAAAGGCUACACUCCGACCCUAUACCCCCAUCAGCGACGAAGGUGACAAGGGCUUCCUUGAUCUUUUGGUCAAAAAGUACCCCGACGGUCCCAUGAGCACGCACAUGCAUGACCUGGUCCCCGGGCAGCGCCUUGACUUCAAGGGCCCUCUGCCCAAGUACCCCUGGACCGAGAACAAGCACGACCAUAUUGGCCUCAUUGCUGGUGGCACCGGCAUCACCCCCAUGUACCAGCUCUGCCGGGCCAUCUUCAACAACUCCAACGACAAGACAAAGGUUACCCUCGUCUUCGGCAAUGUCACCGAGGAGGACAUCCUUCUCCGCAGCAAGCUCGCCGAGCUCGAGAACACGUACCCCCGGCGGUUCCGUGCCUUUUAUGUCCUGGACAAGCCGCCCAAGGACUGGCAAGGCAACAAGGGGUACAUCUCCAAGGAAUUGCUCAAGACGGUGCUCCCCGAGCCCAAGGAGGAGAACAUCAAGGUGUUUGUUUGCGGACCCCCAGGUCUGAUGAAGGCCAUCUCUGGGCCCAAGGUCAGCCCUCAGGACCAGGGUGAGCUCUCGGGCUCUCUAAAGGACCUUGGCUACAGCAAAGAGCAGGUCUACAAAUUCUAA